AUGGAGGAAGACCAAAACCCAAAAUCGUCAAAUGAUGACAUCAUGAUUGGAGCUCUCCAAGAUGAGGAAAAUGACGAGCAAGGAGUGAACGAGGAAAAUGGAGAUAAUGAAGACUUGUUGGAUGAUGAUUUUCUAGGAGAAGACUUAGAGUGGAUGGAAUCUGAGAAGAGGCAAUCUGAGGAAAAGCAAUCAUCCAACGCUCCGAGUGGCUCACAUGAGGACAGCCUCAACGAGACCAUCACAGCCUUCAAAGCCAAAGUAAAGUCUAAAGGGCAAAGGAACCAAGAGAGCACAAGGAAUCUCAAAAAGCGGCAACCACAAAGAAGCUUCCUAGGAACCUAUUCCCGUCAGGCAGCCUCGCGAAGAAGGCAGGAAUCCUCCGUCGAGGGUCUCCACGUAAACGCAGCAUCCCAAACAACACAUCAACCUCAGCCCCCAAGGAGGUACCUCCCUUGA